GGAAAAUUGGAAAUGUAAUUAAAUAGUUUAGGUGGCUAGUAAAUUUAAUUUAUUACUCGCUAUACAUUUCUUACAGAUGAGAGUGGAACGAUUUUGAAUUUUAUGCAAAAACUUUUUAUCAGAUAUAGUUAACUCUCAAGAUACAAUUUUGAAACUUAUUAUUUAGAAAACUGUCUAGACUAACUUUCACUAAAGUAUUGCGAUUAAUCCUCGAUGAUGGCGUUCAACCUUGGAUUUAUUGGUGGUGGCAAUAUGUCCACUGCUAUAGUGAAAGGCAUUUUAAAAACUGAAACACAGUCACCAUCCAAGAUAUGGGUAUCAGGACCUCACUUGAAUAACCUGAAGCACUGGAGUGACCUCGGUGCCAAUGUUACAAACAAAAAUGGUGAAGUAUUCUGUAAAUGUGAUGUCAUAUUUUUGGGUGUUAAGCCAGGCAUGCUUGAAGCCGCUGUCGAUGACUGUCUCCAAACAUUAACUACAACUCUGUCCUGUAAAAAGGUGCUUUUUGUUUCAAUGUUGGCCGGGAUAACUAUUGGUGAUUUGCAAAAGGUCUUAAAGCAACUCUCUGAAAAUGUGAGCAUAAUACGAAUAAUGCCCAACACUCCAAUGACAGUGGGAGAAGGAGCCUGCUUGUACACACCGGAUGACAGUGUGACGGAAGAACAGUGUAGUCUGGUGGAGAGGCUGCUCAGCAAUUGUGGCAUGUGUGAGAGGGUGCCAGAGUCUCUGAUGGAUUCUUUGGGCUCCUUAAUUGGCUGUGGACCUGCUUUUGUAUACAUAAUAAUCGAAGCUCUAGCGGACGGCGCAGUGAAGCAGGGCGUUCCUCGCGCGCUAGCAUUGCGUUUUGCCGCCCAAAUGGUAGCCGGCAGCGGCAAAAUGGUCUUGCAGUCUGGGAAACACCCGGGGCUGCUGAAGGAUGAAGUCUGCUCUCCCGGAGGCUCCACUAUCUGUGGAGUUACUGCGCUUGAGGAAGGGAAAAUAAGGGCCACUUUGAUCAAUGCUGUACAGGCAUCUACGCUGAGAAAUAAGGAGCUUGGAAAGAAGUAGGAAACAAGUCAGGCAACAACUUCAUCUUUAUUAUAUUUAAGUAGAAAAUCUAGAUAGUAAUGCACAGUAUAUUUUUUAUUUAUUAGAGAAACGAGGUUAUUUCUAAUGGUUACCCCGAGCCGGCAAUUAGGUACAACACGAUAUUUGACUAUUUUAGCGCCAAGUUCCUCAAUUUCAAAACAAAAUUAGCAGUGUGUAGGUACAUAAGGUAAACGUACUGGCAGGCCUCCUUCACACGCUCAAGGCCACGCGCUAUAUGCCUACCGCUCGGCGUAUCGUCGACGAUACAACCGACAGAGGGCCGCCGAACGCCCGCCUGAGCGCUCGCACCGCACGUUUCCCGCGCUUACGCUUCGAAAUGCCGAAACCACGUAAUUAUUGUGCAGUAAAUGGGUGUAAAAGUAAAAAAAAACAGGAAAAAAGCCUAUAAUAAAGAUU